UGGUUUUGGACACCGAGUCUUUUCUUGCUUUUUAUACUAAUAAAUCAUCAUUAUCAUCAUCAUCAUCAUUAUACUAAUAAAUUUAGUAACUUAUUGAAAUUCAUUUCGAUUAAAUGUCAAAUUAUGUUGUUGUCUUCUCAAUACACGAGAACUGUCGCAUGUAUUAUGUUUAAUGUGAAAGCAAAGAUAUUCAGAGGCCGUGGCAACGCACGGGCAUUGUACUAGUAUAAGGUAAUACAUAGAGAUGACAUAUUACAUAAAAGAUGAUACAACUAAUAAGGUAUUAUAUAUACAUGAUCUAAACUAAAUAAGAGUAAUAACACGAAACAAUAGAAAUUUUGGGGAGUGAAUUUGGGAUUACCAGUUGGGGGCUCGACCUAGAGUCACGGAUUAGGGAGUAAUUGGGGCAGAGCCAUGUGCGGCCAAGCGAAGGCUGGCGACUAGGACGGCUGACUACAAGCCUAUGGUUGUCGUCCGACAAAAUGCAGCUGUUGCGGACCUGGAGUCUCUCUCUCGCGACUCGCCCUAAUUUGCUCCCGAUUCUCAUGAAGUCCCGAGUCAACGGGUCUCAUGUGUGUUUCAUUGUUGGUAUGUGUCGGUGCUGGGCUGAUGGAGGGAUGCAACGCCGGUGAAGUGGAGAAGGGACAAAAAGGAGGGACCGAGAGUGGGGAAAAGGAGACAAGGAGGGUUUCUUCAAGAAGAAGGGGGUUUCUAUAAGAUUUGUCUUCAUCGUGUUACCCCUCGUGUGGGACCAUGCCGACCUAACAACGGUCAAAGUGUCACAUAAGCAAGCAAGACUCGUCCAAUCCUAUUUGAAUUUGUGAUCCAUUUAAUAUAGAAUUAAAACUUAUAGGAGUACAUGCAUUUUGAAAGAUUUAGAGUUAGCUUAUAACAACUUUCAAUAGAAUUACGAACAGGGGUGUCGUUCUCCCAUUGGAAAAACUCGCCGUUAUAGCUUCGGUACAUAUUCUUUGUCUCCGUUAGGUAGUGUUUAGGUAGUGUUUGGUUCCAGAGCAAAGGAGAAUGUAAUGAAACGGUUCUAUUUUUAUAAGAAUGAAAUGUAAUGAAAAUGUUUUAAACACUUGAACCACUGGUUUCCACUUGAAACCAUCUGAUUCCUAAUUUAUUUUUUAAAAAUGGAAUAGUUAGGCAAUUGAAUUUUUUUUGAAGAACUACAUGAUUUCAUUCCAUUUUUCUAUGUCCUAUGAACCAAAUACGUGAAUUAUCUCAACUUUCGGAACAUUCCGUUUCCACCACAACCAAACACUACCUUACUUACGCUGUUUCAUUCGGUCAUUCCACCGAACACAUCGCCGGCACCGCCUCCUCCUCCGUAUUCCGGCAACUAACGCCCCCUCGAUUGCGCAGAUGUUUUUUCCCCGCGCCUCCACCGCCCCACCUCCGUUUGACGACGCCCGCAUCCUCCUCCUCUCGGGACCUCCAUGCUGCGGGAAGACCUCGCUCCUUUUCCAGUUCGCGAUAAACCGUGCGGCGGAGAGCGGCCGGGAUGUGGUGUUCAUCUCCAGUAGGGGGAGGUUGGAGAGCAAUCCCCCUUUCUUGUCCCAAGAUGUUAAACCAUCAAUGGACGUGCUUCACAGAAUACAAAUCAAAUACGUUGAAGAUGAUGAGGGGAUCAGGAAGUACUUCGCUGCAUUUCACCUGCUUGACAACUUUCCCGCUGCAGUCAUUGUUGAUGAUUUUGCCGGGUUCUUCCUUGAGAGGAUCUGUCAGCAAAGAUAUGGAAAUACAAGGGCUCGAGAUCUAGCAAUGGUUCGCACAUUAGCUUUGUGUCAAAAUGCUAUUGCACAUGCAAAUACAAAGCUCGGAACCCUUGGAUCUUGCAAUCUCUUGCUCUCUGAUGUACAUCAAGGUGACAACCCAAGAUCCUUAUUUAUUUACAAGAGAUGGAUAAGUUCCAUAUAUACAAUCCAAGGUGACGGCCUAGGAUCCUACAUACUCAAGAACAUUAGCAGUUCACAAAGUGGAAUCAAGGAAUGAAGAACAGCUAAAUACUCAAUAGCUCUGCAAUAUCUUGUUCUUGAGGAGAUCAAUGAAUAAUCCUUUGCUCUGUUAUUUGACUUUACCGCGAGAGAUUUUCAGUUCAGUUUGGUGCAUGAGUUGAUUGCAAAUGUGAAUUCUGAAUAUUGCCCUGAACAGCGAUAACAAAUGGGUUCUGAUGUUCUAUUCAGGAAAACAGAAAAGGAAACCGCAUGCCUUUCCUUAAGAACAUCCUUAACGGGAGCUGGUAUCAAAGCACUAAAAUUCCACUCUAUUUGACCUUCAGUGUUAGUUUUUGCUCCUUAACAAAAAGUUGUAGGCUUGUGACUUCUUCUUUGAAACUAUGCAAGCUCCUGACUUUUGUUCAAUAGUAUUGCUUUGUUAAUUCA